AUGCUCGGUUGUUUGGUAAACAAGUUCAGGUGCAUUAAAUUUUGCUGCCGGAAAAAAACCUAAAAUUCGCGUUGAAUUUCCUCAAAUUAUGAACUAAAAACUGUUCACGAAGAUGAGUACCGAUACGCAGAUCAUCAAACUGGUCGAGGAGAUUCUGUGCGAGAAGACCAAUGAUUACGAUUACGAGGGACCGAUGCCGGAUGAGGCGGAACUGCAGAAGCGGGCCGAGGACGGGAUGAAGAAGUUUGCCACGGUUUUUGCAGGGAUGUCCCAGGAGGUGAAGGAGAAUGCGCUGCGAUCGUGUUUGAUUCAUGUGGCGGGGAUAAAUCACCGGAACAAGGUGCGGAAGCAUAUGCAGGUGCUGAAGGAUCUGGUUGGGAAGGGCAUCAUUCCGGCGCGGUUGCUCUGCGAGCAGAUUAUGAGUUCGGAGAAGCUGGUCUAUCAGAACCAGAGCUUCUGGAUCGAGUGCUUUCAGGUUGUCCGACGGGUGAUCGGUGGGGUCGAUUACAAGGGCGUCCGGGAGAUUAUGAAGUGCUGCAAGGAGAAGGCCCUUUCCUUUCCGUCCGGGAUCAGUUCCAGCAUCCUGCCGCAGAUGCUGGAGCUGACGGAAGUUAUCGAGCACAUUUUCAACCGGAAUGCGUGUCUUCUUCCGGCGUACUUCAUCAUCAACGAGAUCCAGAAGGCGGACUACCAGGACACCCACUGGCGCAUUGCCAAUCUGAUUGCGAACUUCAUCGAGGAGUUCGUGAUCGUGGCGCAGAUGCUGUCGAUCAUUGGCCACUCGUCGAUGCUGCCGAUCGUGGAGCACUCGUCCUAUGCGGACAACCUGAUCAACCCCUGGAAGCUGGAUCCGACAACGUUGAAGCUUGCGUUGCGCGGGAAUCUGCCCUACGAACCGGAACUCCUGCAGCCGCAGAUUAAGUUGCUCCGGUUCGUGCUGGAGCAGCCUUAUUCGAGGGACAUGGUAUGUUCGAUGCUGAACCUGCAGAAGACCCAGAAGCAAAAGUGCAUGGCCCUGGAGGAACAACUGGUCUGGCUGGUGAUGUGCGCCAUGGAAUGCUCCGAAAAAGAACCAGUCCACACGGUGGACGGGGAGAUUUCUAGCCACACUCAGUGGGUGUGGCUGCACUUAAGCUCACAACUGAUCUACUUCGUGUUGUUUCAAUUUGCCACGUUCCAGAACAUCGUGAACACCUUGCACGACAAGCUGGCUGUGAGCAAUCUGAGGCGAGGCCGAGACCACCUGAUGUGGGUCCUUCUGCAGUACAUUUCCGGAAGCAUCCAGAGGAAUUCCAUCACCAAUUUCCUGCCGAUUCUGAAACUGUACGAUAGCCUCUACCCGGAGAAGGAACCCCUUCCUGUUCCGGAUUACAACAACCCUCUCUGCACGCAUCAAAUGGCACCGACCUGCAUCUGGAUUCACCUCCUUAAGCGGGCCCAAUCCGAGCACUACAACAUCAAUCGCUCCAUCCCCACGGCCCUCAAGUUACACCACGAGUUCCUGCAGCACUUGGUCAUGCCGAACAACAACGCCACCCUCUGCAUGGGCUCUGACUACCGUCUGGCUCUGCUCUGCAACGCUUAUUCCACCAAUCCGGAUUACUUCUCCCGUCCGAUGGCGGCCCUGAUCGAAACUAUUCUGGGAAACUGCAAGAACCCAUCCGCCGGAGGCGGCUCCACCUCCGCCACCCAACCUCUCCCCACGGUCCCCCUCUCGAUGAGCGUCCUGGACAGCCUCACGAUCCAUAGCAAGAUGUCUCUCAUCCACAGCAUCGUUACGCACAUGAUCAAACAAGCUCAGAGCAAAACCACCGUCCCGAACACGAACAACAUGGCCCCGGCCCUGGUGGAAACCUACUCGCGCUUGCUGGUCUACACCGAGAUCGAAUCCCUUGGGAUCAAGGGCUUCUUGGGGCAGCUGCUGCCGCAGGUGUUCAAAUCUGCCGCAUGGGGAAUUCUGUACACGCUGCUGGAAAUGUUCUCGUACCGGAUGCACCACAUUCAGCCGCACUAUCGCGUUCAGUUGCUGUCGCAUCUGCACUCGCUGGCCUCCGUGCCGCACACCAAUCAGAUGCAGUUGCACUCGUGCGUCGAAUCCACCGCCCUCCGUCUCAUCACCGGGCUCGGCUCGGUCGAAGUCCAAGCGCAGAUGUCUCGGUACGUGACCGAGCAGAAAGCCCCCGGUAACAUCGUGUCCGCCGAGAGCGAAGAACUGAACCGCGCUCUCAUUCUGACCUUGGCCCGCUCGAUGCAAAUCACCGGCACCGGAAACGACCCGCAGUCAACGACCUGGUGCAAGGAACUGCUGAACAGUAUUAUGCAGAACACCCCCCAUACGUGGUCUCAGCACACGUUGCAGUGCUUCCCGCCGGUCCUCAACGAUUUGGUCGUACAGCACAAUGUCCCCAAGGAGAACAAACAGCUGCUGAAGAAAUCAGUGGACGAAGAGUACCGCAACUGGACUUCGAUGUCCAACGAGAACGACAUCAUAGGGCACUUUGGGACGGCUGGGACGCCCGGAACGCCACCGCUGUUCCUGUGUCUGCUGUUCAAGAUGAUCGUCGAAACGGACACCAUCAGUCCGGUGGCGUACAAAAUCCUGGAACGCAUCGGAGCCCGCGCCCUAUCCGCUCAUCUGCGCAAACUGUGCGACUACCUGGUGUUUGAGGUGUCCAACUCCGGCGACGGUGCCCACGUCAACAAGUGCGUCGACACCAUCAACGACAUGAUCUGGAAGUACAACAUCAUCACGAUCGAUCGCCUCGUGCUUUGCCUCUCCUUGCGAACCCUCGAAGGCAACGAAGCCCAAGUCAGCUUCUGCAUAAUCCAGCUAUUGCUGCUGAAGACGUCCGAGUUCCGCAACCGUCUGCAGGAGUUCGUAAGCAUCAACUCGCCCGAACACUGGAAGCAGAACAACUGGCACGAACGGCACCUGGCGUUCCACCAGAAGUUCCCGGAGAAGUUCACCCCGGACGAGUCGGUGUCGCAUCCCUCGCUGCCGGUUUACUUCGGGAAUGUGUGCUUGCGGUUCCUGCCGGUAUUGGAUAUUACGAUUCAUAGGUAUCUGGAGGUACCUGCCGCAAUGAGCAAGACGUUAGACGUCCUGCUGGAUCAUUUGGGGCCGCUGUACAAGUUUCAUGAUCGGCCGAUAACUUACUUGUAUAACACGCUACAUUACUACGAGAGGAUGUUGCGUGACAGGCCUCAGCUGAAGAAACGACUGGUUGGGACAGUCAUCGGAUCGCUGAAGGAUGUACGGCCGGAUAAUUGGGCUGUAACUGAGCAGUACCAAUCGUACAUGUCCAAGAAGGACGACGCCGUCAAUUGGAUGCCUGAUUUGAACUACUACAUCUAUCUGGUUCGCCGCAUGCAGGACACCAUUGACGGUACCAACAUCUUCCCGGGCACAGACUGGCGCUUCAACGAGUUCCCCAACCCACCGGCGCAUGCCCUGUACGUAACGUGCGUCGAACUGCUGGGACUCCCGGUGGGACCCCAGGGCGUCGCCAACAGCUUGAUCGAUGUGGUCGUGAAGGGCUACCCGGUCAUUCCAUCGCAAAGCGUCCACAACUGGAUCAACACGAUCGGGUUGAUCAUGGCUGCCCUGCCGGAGUCCUACUGGGGUGUGAUCUACGAACGGCUUCGGGAGGUCAUUAGCUGCCCGCAGAUGACCGACUGGCUUCACCGGCAGAGCCCGUUCGAGCUGUUCAACUUCAAGAUCGUCCGCGAAGCUAUGCUGGAAAAGAAUUACGUGGUAAUUUUGGCGAUCGCGCAGAGUAUUCUGCACCACAGUGGAAUUGGGCAGAUUUCGACAGUUACAGAGCACAUUAAGGAAAACUUCAAACCCAUCAUCAAAACCGAGUACCAACUGAUCUACCUGUGUCACUUGGUUGGUCCGUUCUUGAACCGCCUCUGCGCCGAGCGAUCGCGUGCCGUCUCGGAUAUUACCCUCAUCCUGUACGAACUGCUCGAACAGGUCGACAAAGCGCAACCCUCGCUAGCGCUGAAAUACAUGGACCCCAUUUGUGACCUGCUGUACCACAUCAAGUACAUGUUCAUCGGGGACAUGAUGAAGUCCGAUCUGGAGGCGAUCAUACGCCGACUGAGGCCGGCCUUGCAGAUGCGUCUACGUUUCAUCACCCGGUUGAACGUGGACGAGAUCGGUGUCGAUCAGCAGAAUGUUGACGCAUCGGCGGCUGGCCAGGGCCCUGCUCAGGGUGGUCCGCAAUCUCAACAGCCGCAAACGACUGGACAAGCUGGCGGUCAACCGUCGGUUCCACAGCAGCAACAGCAAACUCAGCAACAACAACCGCAGCAGCAACAACAAGUGCAACAACAGUAAACGGUAAGUAAUCGAUAAAAGAACAUUUAUUCACACAGUAUGUUAGGAUUAACAAUUUAAGAAUAUGACACUUGGGUAGCCUAGUA